AUGGCAUUUUUACUCUUGAAAGGUAUACCGUCGUUAGCUGGACAAGGUACAACACAAAAUGCGGAUCCCGAUGAUUUUGUUGAUCGUUUAAAUUAUCGUUAUACCGUUAUUAUAUUAAAUGUCUUCUCAGCCAUUGUUACAAAUAGACAAUUUAGUAACAAACAAAUACAAUGUUGGGUUCCAGCCAUAUUUACAUCAGGCUAUGAAGAUUAUACAAAUCAUAUUUGUUAUAUUCAAAAUACAUACUAUGUAAAUCAAACACAAAAAAUUCCAAAAAUAAUAAAUGAACGUACAAGUCGUGAAUUAUUAUAUUAUCAAUGGAUACCAUUUAUUCUAUGUUUUCUAAGUAUACUAUUUUACAUUCCAAAUUUAAUAUGGCAAUCAUUAAUGGUUCGUAGUGGAAUUGAUUUAAAAGAUAUUAUUGAAGCUGGAAAAAGUUUUAAAUCAAUUGAUCGUAUGGAUAAACGUAAAAAAAUAAUGAAUUAUAUUAUUGCAUCAAUUGAUGAAUUUAUUGAUGAUCCAAGACGUGGAAGAGAAAAUAGAAAUUUAAGUUUAACAAAAAAAAUACUUGCCGUAUUUUGUUGUAUGUAUGGAAAAUUUCAAGGUAAUUAUUUUAUGAUGGUCUAUUUAUUAACAAAAACAUUGUAUGUUAUUAAUUCUAUUGGACAAUUAUCACUUUUAAAUGAAAUGUUAGGAAUUAAAUAUUAUAAAUAUGGUCUUGAAUUACUUCAAAAACUUGUAUUAUUAGCAAAAAAUGAGCCAACACAACAAAAUUAUCGUCAACAAAGUGGUCUAUCGAAAUAUUUUCCAAAAGUAACACUCUGUGAUUUCAGUGUACGUGAACCAAAUCAUUUAUGGAAUUCUCAUCGUUAUACCGUUGAAUGUGUAUUACCAAAUAAUCUUUUAUUUGAGCAAUUAUUUACAUUUUUAUUUUUUUGGUAUACAAUGAUUGUUAUUCUCAAUAUAAUCUCAUUAUUAACUUGGUCAUAUCAUUUUAUAGCACCUAUUCGUAUUAAAUAUGUUACUACUCGUUUAAAAUUAAUAUUAGUACGAUAUUUAAGAAAAACGACGUCAACAAAUGAACCAAAAAUUGAUGAAAAUUCAUUACUCUAUCGUGAUGAUUCACAUAAAGAUUUUGCUCGUAAUUAUUUAAAAUGUGAUGGUAUAUUUGUACUUCGUCUAUUAGAAACAAAUACAUCGGAUUAUGUUGUUACACAAGUAAUAGAAGAAUUAUUUUAUAGUUAUGCAAGAAAAGCAUCACAACCAGCCGUACUCGAAGGUUUAGCAAAAAUGAUGUCAACAUUGGGUCCUGAUAAAGGACUGUUAAGUUUGGGUAAAUUACUAUUUUUACCUGUUAUGAGUGAUCCAAAAUUUGCUGCUAGUUUCCAAGGAAAACCACAACCACAAUCACAACCACAACCACAACGUAGACGAUCAUCUAGUCAAGAUUCAAAUAAAUAUUUAUUACCAAGUUUAAAAACAGAUGAAACAACAACAUCAACUGUAGAUACAAUGAAAAAUGCACCAAAAUUACUUGUACCCCCCGUACCAAUAAAACGACAUUUAACAUCCGCAACCAAUUCAACAACUAUGAUACAAAUGUCGACAGAACGAAAUCCAAGUCUACUAAGUGCGACUACACAAUCAUCAAUAUAUUCAAAAGAAAAAGAGAAACUGAGUGUUGAACAAAUAACUGAAGUAUUAAGAGAACGUCGACUACGUAUGAAACAAAAGAAAAGAUAG